UAGGGGUAUCAGUUGCAGCCCAAAUCUCCCAAUGUCUGACGAGGGAGAAGAGGGCGAGGGAGCGCAUCGAUCAGACUCCUCUUCCCCGCCUGCGCUGGAGCGUCUUCCCCGAGGAUCUCCGUCUUCUCCGCGACUCCUGGACGUCUUCUCCUCCGCCUCUCCGCUCCUCGGGGACACGGACCAGCCGUAUCUCGCCUCACUGGAGUGUCUCCAGCCGUCUUCAGAGACCUCAGAGGAGAAGAAGUCCCCGCGUCUGACGCCUCCAAAGUUGCUCCAAAGCUCCGAGGACUGUGGCUCCACUUUGCGUUUGCCCCGGGAUGUGAGCUCAGACGCGGCGGGAGACCACCAGGAUGAGCCGCUUCCAAAGUGGAGGGGACGCGGAGCCAGGAACGCUGAACGCUUUCAGCACCCUGGAAAGAGACUGCGAUGUCCGGAGCUCCAGGAUUAUGGGAAUCACCACCCGGUUGAGCAUGUAGACCCACAGCUCAAUUCAGACUCCAGGCAGUCGGUCGAGGCCAUGCACCGGCGUCACACGACUUUACGGGAGAAGGGGCGUCGACAGGCAGUCCGAGGUCCAGCCUAUAUGUUCAACGAGCGUGGCUCUGCACUGACCGCGGAAGAGGAGCGAUUUCUGGAUGCUGCUGAAUACGGAAACAUUCCUGUUGUUCGUAAAAUGCUCGAGGAAUCUAAAACCCUCAACUUCAACUGCGUGGAUUACAUGGGCCAGAAUGCGCUGCAGCUGGCCGUGGGCAACGAGCACCUAGAGGUCACCGAGCUGCUGCUGAAGAAGGACGGACUGGCUCGGAUCGGGGAUGGUCUUCUUCUGGCCAUUUCAAAAGGCUACGUACGAAUCGUAGAAGCCAUUCUUGCCCACCCUGCUUUCGGAGGCGGUCUGCGUCUGGCUCUGAGCCCUCUGGAGCAGGAGAUGCGUGACGAUGACUUUUAUGCCUAUGAUGAGGACGGAACACGUUUCUCUCACGAUGUCACGCCAGUCAUCCUGGCUGCUCACUGCCAGGAGUACGAGAUAGUCCAUAUCCUCUUGACAAAAGGGGCUCGUAUAGAGAGGCCACACGACUACUUCUGCAAGUGUCUGGAGUGUGUGGAGAAGCAAAAGAAGGACUCCUUCAGCCACUCCCGGUCCAGGAUGAACGCUUACAAAGGCCUGGCUAGUGCGGCCUACCUGUCACUCAGCAGCGAGGAUCCGGUGUUGACUGCACUGGAGCUCAGCAAUGAGCUGGCCAGACUGGCCAACAUCGAGACAGAGUUCAAGAAUGAUUACCGAAAACUGUCCAUGCAGUGCAAAGACUUUGUGGUCGGCGUGCUGGAUCUGUGUCGCGACACAGAGGAGGUGGAGGCCAUACUGAACGGGGAUGUGGAUCAGUGCCCGCCCAGCCCAUACAACCGACCCUGCCUCAGCCGUGUCAAACUUGCCAUUAAAUAUGAGGUGAAGAAGUUUGUCGCCCAUCCGAACUGUCAGCAGCAGUUGCUGACUAUCUGGUAUGAGAAUCUCCCAGGUCUGAGACAGCAGUCUGUCGGGGUGAAGUGUUGGACCGUGUUGGGUGUCACCGUUGGUCUGCCUUUCCUGGCUGUUGCCUACUGGAUCAUGCCAUGCAGCAAGCUUGGCCAGAUCCUCCGAAGCCCCUUCAUGAAGUUUGUAGCUCACGCCGUGUCCUUCACCAUCUUUCUCGGGCUGCUGAUCAUCAACGCCUCUGACCGCUUUGAAGGGGUCAAGAACCUUCCAAAUGAAACCAUCACCGACCACCCGAGACAGGUGUUCCGGCUCAAGACCACUCAGUUCUCCUUCACUGAGCUGUUGAUCAUGAAGUGGGUUCUUGGUAUGAUUUGGUCAGAAUGCAAAGAGAUCUGGACCGACGGCCCCAGAGAAUAUGUCAUGCAUUUGUGGAACGUUCUCGAUUUUGGGAUGCUCUCCAUCUUUGUGGCGUCGUUCACUGCACGGUUCAUGGCGUUCCUCAAGGCGUCCAAAGCACAACAAUACGUGGAUCUCCAUGUGCCAGAUGAAGACCUCAGCAACGCCUCACUUCCCGAUGAAAUUGCCUACUUCACUUACGCCAGGUGCAAGUGGCGACCAUCGGAUCCUCAGAUCAUCUCAGAGGGCCUCUACGCCAUCGCUGUGGUGCUGAGUUUCUCUCGCAUCGCCUACAUCCUGCCAGCGAACGAGAGCUUCGGCCCGCUGCAGAUCUCGCUGGGACGCACCGUGAAAGACAUCUUCAAGUUCAUGGUCAUCUUCAUCAUGGUGUUUGUGGCCUUCAUGAUUGGCAUGUUCAACCUCUACUCCUACUACCUGGGAGCCAAGUACAACCCCGCAUUCACCACGGUGGAGGAAAGUUUUAAAACUCUUUUCUGGUCGAUUUUUGGGCUUUCGGAAGUGAUCUCAGUUGUGCUGAAGUACGACCACAAGUUCAUCGAGAACAUCGGCUACGUGCUGUACGGGGUCUACAACGUCACCAUGGUGGUCGUCCUUCUAAACAUGCUGAUUGCUAUGAUCAACAGCUCAUACCAGGAGAUAGAGGAAGACGCUGAUGUGGAGUGGAAGUUUGCGCGAGCAAAGCUAUGGCUAUCAUACUUUGAUGAGGGGCGUACUUUGCCUGCCCCCUUCAAUCUGGUUCCAAGUCCAAAGUCUUUCUACUACAUGGUCCUCCGGAUCAAGUCCUGUCUGAUACGGCUCUGUAAAGCAAACGGCCAUCGCCACAACAACGAGCUAGAACUGGGGAUGCUCAACUCUCAGACGAACGACGAGCACUUCAGAGCUUAUCUGCGGCCCGGAGAGGAGUUUGUCUCCAAAAAGAAUAGAAAGCACCCGACGAGAUACCAGAAAAUCAUGAAACGCCUGAUUAAGCGCUAUGUGCUCAAGGCUCAGGUCGACAGAGAGAGCGACGAAGUCAAUGAAGGCGAGCUGAAGGAGAUUAAGCAGGACAUUUCCAGCCUCCGGUAUGAGCUCCUGGAGGAGAAAUCCCAGGCUGCAGGAGAGCUGGCCGUGCUUAUACAGCAACUUAGCGAUGAAUUUGGCAAGAACACCCUGAGACAUUGACAGGAAAAAAGACAGAGGGAGAGAAUGGAAUGGAGGUGUGUGAAUUGAAAAUGAAAAUGUUGACUAAAUGGGCGGAUAAUGACUAAAAUAGAACGUGGAAACUGGAAGAGGUAGAAUCAAGAGGCUUGUAGGGUUUUGUAAUAGCUAUAGAUUUAGAAGUGUUUGCUGACUUAAGCCAAAAAAAUGUAGCAAUUUAUACUCUCAAUAACCAAUUAUAGAAAAACGUGACAAGGAAAUGCUUGUGGUUCAGAAUAAACAAGAGGUCGGCAGGUCAGAGGUGAAGCAAACAGAGCCGUAAUGGAACGUGUUGACAGCUGAAUUCUAAUUAAAAGUGAAGUCUUGAGGGAGUUGAGUCGACGAGAACGAGACAGAGGCUGGUGGGGUGGCAAGUGAGAUAGGGGGAGACAAAUGAGGAGAGGAACUCGAGCACCGUGAGAUAUGAAGAGUGACUACGGGCCUGAAUACUGGAGGCUCACUGAACGGCCUCCACUUCAGCUGCCAACUGAUAUCAGCGCACCAACUGGGAGAGGAGACGCGAUGACACACGGAGGAAGGGGGACAUGUGAUCGGAAUGGAUUUGAAAGGAAGUGGCGGGAGAACGGCCGGCUUCGCUUCCGUGCGGCCUCCAUGUCGUGGCACUGAGUGACCCUUUACACCAGGCAAACUAAUUAACACUCUUAUCGAUUUUGAUGAACACACUGACUCGUUUAAAAUUAUUAAGAAUAUUGUACUGAAACCCCAAAACCAGAACUCAUGUAUUGGUUUGUGCAGUUUUGAUGUGUUACAUGUUGCAUUCAGUAUCUAGCUAACUGAGUUUAGAAACUGGGGAUAGGGAAGUUAAAGGCAAGACUUAUAAGUAACAUUAUAUACAGCUGAAAUAAAAAAUACAUUUUACUUUUUUGUUUUUUUCAGAAAAUUCAACACCGUACACUGAGGCAGAUCAUAUGAACGUUCGAGCGUGCUAAAACACUGAUUGUUCAUGUUGAGUGCGCAGGAACACGCAAGACACGAUUUAGUGUGCUGGGACAAGAUUUGAUAAAAAUUUGCUAAUUUACAACAACAAUAAACAACAAUAUUUUUUAUCAAACCCGUCUGCAGUUUAGCAGAAAGAAAUCACGUCUGUAUUUCACAUUUAGCAAAUGUCUGUGCUGACAGUGUGUGUGUGUGUGUGUGUGUGUGUGUGUGUGUGUGUGUGUGUGUCACUGUGCACUGACAAGAUGUGUGGAGUGUGUAUGGUUCUGUGCAUGAUUCCUUAAAGAAGGAAAAUCUGGAAAACUGAACAGAUUUUUUUUACAUUUAUUUGGCAAGGAAAACAAACAAGGAAGCAAAACAAAAGAAACUAAAAAAGUAACUCCUGGAUAAAAACAUGGACAGCAACAUGCUACUAGAAGAGAGCAAACAAAUUGCAGUGCGAGGAGAUUAAAGUAAAAGGCUGAAAUUAUUUUUUGGUGUGGGAGCCAUUCUGCUGUUUCUUGAAACUGAAUGAUCUAAUUUACGGGAAUGGUGAAUGAACCUCUGCAGGCGGUGCCUUGUGCUUUUGUGUUGGCAUCAUCCCAUUGCAUAAAAAAUAUUCGCCCACAUUGGCCACAUUUGUGUUCUCUGUGUUUAUUUUCCAAACCAACUGUAUAAUGGACUUUUUUGUAUUUUGCUUUGCUCUGUGAAAACACAAUUUUAAUUUAUUUUUAUUUAUUUUUACUUUUUGUUUCAAAACAAAAACUCAAAGAAUGAUUAGUUAAGACGUCAUGGAAUUUCGAGUCUAUUUUUUUUACAUAUUUAUUUUCCACAUGUAUCUUUACUAUACACGCCGGGUAUUACAGUUGAUAUUCAUCAUUUUUCACAAAUGCUCUCAGAGGUCCAGAACAAUGUUGUGGUUUGAAAGUUUCUGAUAUUGGCUUCAUCACAAACUUGCAUGUCAGGAUCUUUGGAAAUCUGCCCAUGAAUCUCCUGACUGUUCAAAAAAUACGACAGAAUCGAUCGACUUCCUUUAGAUCACGUGGCCAGAACAAGCGUGGGAAUAAAUUGCUUAGCAGGAAUGUAGCAUGUAUCUAUCCAGGUUUUUAUGUGGCCUCACAUUGUGGAGUCUCAAAGUCUCAUCUUCUCGGUGCUCUCCUCUCCUCCAAAAGUACCUAUUUUGUUUAACUACUUGCGGGUGAGCUGUCAUCGAUAUGAUAAUCAUGUAGUUUAUUUUGCUUUAUUGCUUUUAUUUAAUUAUUUAUUUAUUUAUUGAAUUUAUCAAUUCAUCAUUACCCAAAAUAAGGUUGUACAUUCACCUCAGUCUAAUCUAAAACAGACAUAUCUUGAAUUGUUUUGUGUUUCACAACACGUCUCACUGAUUAAAGUCAAGUGAUAAAUAAGAAGUUUUAUAGCUUGAUCAUACAAAGAGGCGCAAACAUUAAAUCACCUUUGACAUGAUAUUUGCUCCCAUUCUCACCUUCAUUGUUGUAUAGCAGAAUACUCCCGGGUGGAUUUUCAUUUCUUUUUUUUCUUUUUUUCUUUUUUUAAUUUGUCGUGAGGGCGAUAUGGAGCACUUCCUGUCGGAACACUGCGGGGCAAUCGUCGCAUAUUACCACGGAAUAUUGGAGAUCUUGUGAUAAGUGCUGAUAGAGAUUUACUGUAGUGGGUCUCACAACAUGGCACUGCAGUCAUUUUAGUGUAUUUUUAUCACAGCAGGAGCUGGAAUGGAUGCAGCGCCUCAAAACUGGUGAUUUCCACAUGAGAAUUUAUGAAAAUGGGUUCAGAAAAUUGCACAUCGUGUGAUACACAGGCAGAUUUUUCAGGGCAAACAGUUGCUAUUACUAUAAUAAUCUAGUAUGAGAACACAUCUCAGUUUAAACUACAUUUUUAUGAAUUUUUAAGGGGCCAUGGUGUGUGUUUUACUGAUGUGUACUUUGUACUUACUGUGUACUUUUUCCUUCAACUGCAGUUCACGAAUGGCCGAGUCUGUUGUGUUUGAUUUGAGCUGAAAGGUGAAAGACGAAUUGACUUUGAAUAUUGAAGAACCUGUCAGAGCAAACAUGUAUGGUGCCUCAAAGUCAAAGACUAGUCAGAGGACUUGUGCUAUUUCCUGCCAGAACCUCAUUUGUCUGUCCUGUCAGUUCAGACAUGCCUAUUUUUACCCUUUCGGAAGUAACUGGUUGACGGAUUCACAGCCCAACUGCCAUGUGCUUCUGACACCUUUCCAUAGCAGAACAUUUUGGAUCAGACAAGGGCUGCUUCUUGCCCGCGUCGGAACAGUAGCCAACAGAAAGAUUAGCAAGCGGUUGUUAGUGACAAUAGAAAUGCCUCUAGUUAUGUCUUUGUUUUCACACUGAUGCCCUUUGAAAUUAAAAUCAUUCAAUAUUAUUAUUAUUAUUAUUAUUAUUAUUAUUCAAUAUUAACAGCGUACUGUUAAUAUUGGAGUGAUAAAUCCAAUGAUAAUUUUUCAACUUAUUUUUGUUGAAUAAAAUUGUAUUCUGCUUUUCUUUCACGAAUGUACAUAAAUUAAAAUAUAUUUAUUUAUUUUAUUUCUCUUUUUUAUAUUUAUUUAUUAAAGGGUCUUUAUAAAUGUAACAUGGUUACAUUUAUGAUCUGGGAUUAAUUUGGGAUUUAAUAAAUUAAAACUCAAGUUCAGCAUUGUCCAACAUAAUCCAACAUUCUUUCUUAAUUUCUAUCACAAAAAUACAAUCAUUUGUCAUUUGAAUAAUGUUGCAAUAGUUAGCAUAACUUCCCUGCCAGGUGAUGCAUCAGAGACAACAGCAGGUUUAUUGUAAUACAUUUCAGGCCUGGGAGUAUAUGCUCCACCAUAUUUUUGGUGCAAUUUUCAGAUCCAGUGAUCAAUACAACAGAGAUGCAGCAUUAUUGGGCUUGUUUCGUCUGCCAUAGUGUGCUUGUUCAAACGCCUACUGACAGACAUAAUGUGCCGUGACGUUGGCCUUUGACCUGACUGAACUGAAGAGCAGACAAUAUCAUCUCAUGACUAGCUUUACUUUAUGAUGCACCAGGAUUAGAACACCAGCCUUAAACAUUAUGAAAAGUGACUCAUCGUUUUUCAUUUUUGCUACAUGGCUUUUCUGAAGAAGCAGUCGUGAAUGUAAGUGUACCUGUUGCUGUUGAGGUUUUUGACCUGCACGUAUAUGAAAGAAGCCAGAAUGUAGCCAUCUAUAUGCAGUUAAAAUUGGGGAGAUAUACUGCUUUUUCAUGAAGAUCUCUGGAAUAAAAUGAGUCAGUUUGAGACCAAAAUCAACUUUUCACAGGUUUGUUGUCAUGAAGUACUGUGUAGCACACGUGAAUGCUUUUUCUUAAUAACAUGUGGCGCCCAUGUUUUGUGUUUUGAUGUCUUUGUCUCCUCAUGUUAUGUGGGAUGAAUCGAAACAAGAACCAGACUGCUCACUCUGAGUCAUUUUGAGCUGUAAAGACCUAAAACACUGUAUUUUUAUCCACGGCAAAUGUUGAUUAGAAUCU